AUGAUCGGCGCUAAAACAGUGAUAUUCCUCAUUGUGCCGAUAAUUCUAUUGAACUAUCUGAUAAAUCAACGAAUCGAACGACCCGCGCCCGCUGUGGAAAAGAAUGGAUAUUUCGGCGAGGGAGACACGCGAAAGGACGACGAGGCCAUUGAAGCUUUUCAAAUCGAAAUCUCAAAAGAGAGAUUAGACGAUUUACAGAAAAGAUUGCAACUCGAGAGGCUUUUGCCAAAACUCGACUCCACGAAUCGGCCAUCGUUCAAAUUUCUCGAGCUGCUGCGUGAAAAUUUCGGGAAAUUCGAUUGGAAACAACACGAGUAUUUCCUGAAUACCUUCAAGCAUUACAGAACCGAAAUCGAGGGCCUCAAAAUCCACUACAUUCGUCAAACUCUUCCCCCAACGACGGGCAAACAAGUGGUCCCAAUUCUGCUGCUACACGGGUUUCCUGGAAGCUUUUGGCACUUUUACAAGAUCGCUCCACUUCUCUCAAAUCCCCAUCGAUACGGUUUCGAUUUUGGGGUGAAAGCGCCACUUCUUUUCGAUGUCAUUAUUCCAUCGUUGCCCGGUUUUCUGUGGUCCGAUAAGCCAACGAGAUCUGGAAUGUGGACCGGUGAUAUAGCGAGGAUUCUCGCAAAACUCCUCAAACGGCUCAAAAUCGAGUCGACCUUUGUGCACGGUGGGGCGAUACUUGGCGCCGAAGUGGCCUCGUCUUUAGCCGUUCUCUAUCCAAAGCUCGUUCGAGGCGUUCACCUCUCGAAUCCAUUCCUCAUUCCAUUUUGUGAUCUCCAAACGACUGCCCAACAUUCAGUAUCGUAUUUUGGAUACAAUAACGAUGUCGAUCGAUCAUCAACGGAGAUUUUCGAAGUGGCUCGACUUUUUCAAGAGUUCUACCCGAGAAGCGGUGAUGCUAUAGGCUCCUCCCUCUACAACAGUCCAUGGGGUUUGACGGCAAAUCUGAUGUCAUUUUGGCACGAAUACAGCAAUGGAAAUUACACGGCUGAAAAGAGGAAACAGCUAAAUGAGAUGUUCACCGUUGAUGAGCUUUUGACGGAGAUACAUCUCUAUUGGCUUAGUGACACAGCUCCACAUGCUCUUCGUUUACUCGAGAACAUUAAUAGACAUCCCGAUUUGUGCGCACUUUCGAUGUCCACCGUCACCCGUCCGACCUCGAUCGUUUCCACUCCAUCCUCUCCUUUCCGUUUCUCUCGCUUCCAGUUAUCUCACAAAUUCCACAACAUUACUCGUUACAAUAUUUUACCUAAGGGUGGCCUCUUCCAUUCUUUACAAGAUGCGCAUAGCUUGGCUGCUGAUAUUUUUGCGUUUGUCGAAUUGGAGACACUG